UGUGUGAUCACAUUGCGGUAAAGUUGUACUGUUUCAGACGACGAACUGCCCCGUUGGCCUCGCCUCGGCUGGUGUGCGGUGGGAUGUUCCAUAGCGCGGCGAAGCCAAGGCAGGGCGCAGGGCCCACCCUAACUCGAAGCUUGGGCCAGCAAGCUCGUGCGGUGACGCCUUGCCCACGGGUGUUAUCGUCGUCUCAACGCCUCGUUCCCAUUCGGAGCUGUCAGGACGAUAUCGCAAAGGUUUAUGCGUGGAAAGAGUAGAAUUAGGUCUUGGUAACAUUUGAUUCGACGCCAUGGCUCUCUUCGGCGACGACGACGACCUGCCCUCGCGACCCAAGGCGCAGCAAUCGUCGUCAUCGCUCUUCGACGACGAUCAGAAACCCACCGGCAACAGCUUGUUCGCAGACGAUUUCCAGGGCGACGACUCACCGUGGGGCUUCAAUCCAACGCCCAAGAAACAAAAGGGCUCACUGAUCAAGUCGCUGCUGCCAGCUUCGGACGUGCCCGACUCGUACAUCGAUGCGUUCGACCGGGUGCUCGAGUCUGGAGAGCGCGCGGGCAGCGGCAUCAGUGUCGCCGAGAUCAAGAAACUGCUGGGAAGCAGUGGGCUGCCCGGCGACAAGGAGGCCAAGAUCCUGGGGAUGGUGUCGCAGCCCGGGCAGGAAAGCGCCGGCGUAGGAAGGAACGAGUUCAACGUGCUGUACGCCCUGAUUGGGCUCGCGCAGGACGGCUACGACGCGUCGGAGCUGUCGCUAGACAGCGUGGAUGAGAGGAAGCGAAACCUCCCCGUGCCAUCCGUCUCGCUCCCGCAGCCGCCGCAACCAGAACCGAAAGCGAGUGAACCUCCAGCCUCCGCGCAGGCACAACCACCGCCUACCCCGCCCCAACAGCGACCUGCUACGCACACAGGGACAACGCCGAACAAGUCGCGCGCCCCUAUGCGCAAGCAGUCAUUUGGCGAUCCCGAGGCGGAUCCUUGGGGUUCGCCCGACCUCCACAGAGGACACAACCAUUCGAGCUAUACCGCGGUCCCUGCGCAGACCAAUGGCAUGACCGUACCCGCCGCGACGAGAACAACAAGCCAAUUCACCACCCAUUCUGCAAACACGACCACAACGCCAAUCGUCGAGCCGACGCCUCAGCGCCCAAGUUCAUAUGGAAGCGAAGGCGGCUGGGGAGGCUUCAAUCCGAGCGCGGAGCCCAACUUCUCUGACCCCUCGCUUGGGCGUGAGCCUGGAGGCUUCGGGCAACCUGCGGCCGGAGAGGGUGGGCCCAAUGCACCAGCCAACCUCGGAAGAUCUCUUGGUGGAGGGCGCGUCGCCAGCACUGGGCCCGAAGAAGUCAUCAUCGUCAACACGCUCGCCGAAAAAGAGGGCGUCUUCAUGUUCCAGCACCGCAACUACGAAGUUUCCAGCGCGCGUCGAAACAGCAAGGUAGUCCGCCGAUACAGCGAUUUCGUGUGGUUACUGGACUGUCUGCACAAGCGGUAUCCGUUCCGUCAGCUGCCGUUGUUGCCUCCGAAGAGGGUCGCGAUCAAUGGUAAUUACAUAGCCACCGAUUCGAGUUUUAUUGAGAAGAGGAGAAGAGGGCUGGCGAGAUUUGCCAAUGCGCUGGUCAGGCACCCCGUGCUGGGGCAAGAGCAGCUGGUCAUUAUGUUUUUGACUGUACCGACGGAACUCGCUGUAUGGCGUAAGCAAGCAAACCUCUCAGUCCAAGAAGAGUUCACCGGAAAGACGCUACCGCCAGACCUCGAGGACUCCCUCCCGAAGACCCUACCCGACCUGUUUGACACCGUCCGCUCCGGCGUACGGCGAUCCGCAGAAAGCUACAUCAACUUGUGCAACAUGAUGGAGCGCCUCGCCAAGCGCAACGAAGGCAUGGCCGCCGAACACCUCCGCUUCGCAACCGCGCUCCAACAAGUCACCGAAGCCUCCAGCGACACCUACGCCGUCGACACCAAUGAGAUCCCCAUGCUCAACGAAGGCUUGAACGCCACCGCGAGACAUCUGGAGCAGUCGCGGAGUCUGUUGGAAGACGAGGCUAAAGGCUGGGAAGAGGGCGUGCUGGAGGAUUUGAAGCGCCAGCGCGAUACGCUGGUCAGCAUGCGCGAUUUGUUUGACCGGAGAGACAAGUAUGCGAAGGAUAACAUCCCGUACUUGGAAAAGCGGAUAGCGAACAACGAAGCAAAGCUGCAGGGGAUAAGGAGUAAGGCUCCUGAGUUCGUCAAGCCGGGCGAGGCGGAGAAGGUUGAGGAUGCGAUUUUCAGGGACAAAGAAUCCAUUGUCCAACAGCACGCGCGCGGCGUCUUCAUCAUUGAGUGCAUCCGCGACGAGCUGCUCUUCUUCCAGCAGAGCCAGUACCACAUUAGCCGGUUGCACCAGGACUGGAGCCAGGAGCGCGUCAAGUAUGCGGAGCUGCAGGCGGAGAAUUGGCGCGCGUUGAGCGAAGAGGUGGAGGGGAUGCCGACGGGGGAUUAGUAGCUGGCUUAUGGUUGUGUUAAAGAGAGCAGCAGGAGGGGGCGAGGCGACGAUGAUGCAGCAUGAGCAUAUGUAAUGUUGCGUGAUGUGAUUUGCGCGUGGUGGUGUGGUGGACCCCUCCCUGUACAUUGAUUGGUAUAUCCCUAUGCGAGCAGACGGUGUAUAAUUUGAACAAGCAGAGAUUUGGCUUAUGCAACGGAUUGCCUCCACACAACCUAAAACUGUCUUUUACUUUGGAAUUCCCAGUCGUUGUCCUUCGAGUAUGAAUGUCAUAUUGACGGUAAAUGUUUCGUUGCUACCUUGCAGGCAAAUGUUUCAGGUAUUUGCAAUUUGGGG